AUGAAUGUACAACAAAUGGUUUCCUAUUGUUCCACGGGUAUAAUCAUUUUUGGAGCAGUAAUGAAUAUUAUCUUUAUCUAUGUGAUAAGGAACGGAACAAGGACCUGUGUUGGUCGAGUCUACAAAAAUAUCAUGACAUGUUUCGCAGUGUGCAAUAUCGGCUUUAUAAUAAUGGAAUUCAUUGCCAAGCCUGGUAUCCACAUAUACGGCACAUCUAUAGCGGUAGUCAGCAAUGGUAUCUUUCAACGAGUGAAACCAUGGGGUUUUCUUUCGCUCUGUGUAUUUCUAGGAAUGUAUGGUGUCACAACCGCCCUUCUAGCGUUUCAUUUUGUCUACAGAUAUAUCGUCGUUUGCAAGUCAGUAUUUUGUUUGGCUACUACUCCUAAGAAAUUUUGUCGGCUGCAUAAAAUAAGCGAACAGAUAAAGCCACAUUUGCUUCGUGUAUUUCAUGAACCAGUCUGCAUCGUUACCGUGACUGUAUGUGUUCUUUCUUGGGGUUCUGCAUAUGGCAUCAUAACGUUCUAUUGCUUUGCCUCCAGCGACAACUACUACAAUUAUGCAAAUGCGUCUAUUUAUGCAAAAUUCGGAGUGGAUGCCAACAGACUGUCCUACUUCUGCGUCUUUACCCAUGAAGUGAAAAGAAGAUGUUACAAUAAU